AUGGAUGCACUGUGUCUUAGCAUCCGGAGUUGUCCAGGAAAUGCAACAAGUGAUUUAUCAUGGCCAGUGGUGGUGAAAUGGAAGGUAUCGGUUAUUAACGAAAAUACAGAAGAAUCCCUUGAUUUAGAAACGAUUUCUUCAACAUUCACAAAACCUACGCUAGAGACUUCUUCAAGCCAUUUCUCUCAGAAUGUACAAGUACACAUGAGUCGGGUCAAAAAUUAUAUCGUCGACAACUCCAUUAUAUUACAUUGGAUUGUCCAGUUAGUGUCACACAAUGAAACAUGUCCAGCACAGCAGGAACUAUCUAAACCCUGUGACGAAACGCAGAUGAGAGAACACAUUGCCGCGGUAGUAGGCCUCGC